UUGUAGUUCGCAUUGCGUGCGGAAUAUUGCCCGGUUUGUGUGGAUUCAUUUGCAAGUUGUGGAUUACUCUGGACUGGAUUUAUGUGGAAAAAGUUCGUCUUGUUCAUUUUAAAAAUGAAAGUUGCGAGAAUCAGUGCCGGCGAAUAUGUGAUGUAGAUAUUUUUGGAAUUUCUUGUGCAUUGAUACUGGUGAUAAUCAUUAAGCUUGUUGGAUGUUAUCAAAUAUUGCGUUAAUGUCAAGAGUGUGAAGGAUUAUAAUUAUUUCAUAGGAAUUUAAGGAUUUUAACGGAACUUGCAACUACCACUGAAAUUUUACAGAAAUGCUAAUAUCUUACUGAAUUUGAAGUCAAAAAAAUAUAUUUCAGUUGCAAUUGAUGUUACUUCAACAGUUGAAGUAAUCAGCUCGCCGAUACCGUUAUUUGCUGAUUUCAAUAACUAAUAGUACAAUCAGUUGGAUAAUGUGAUGGAAAGCAAAAAACAACAAGGAUUAUUUUGUUGCCGACUAGUUUUUUGUGUAAGUUCAUUCGGUCAUCAUCCAACAGCGUACGUGAUUAUUUUCCAUUACUGGUGAUUUUGAACUGUAGUUUGUAACUCGUGAGUUGUAAAUAUCCUACAAUUAUCAAAAUAUAGUCUACUAUUGGGAAAUAAAUAAAAUUUCAAUGUGCUGAAACUGUGUUUGAAACUAAAGUUUCCGACACAUCCAACAAUUUAAAUAUGCUUUACAAAAGUUAUACAUAAGUAUUUGCUUCAAAAAUCAUAACUGUCGUGAUAUCUUUAAAAGUGGCAUGAACAGCAUGAUAUAAACUUCAAAAAUAUUUUUGUCUAUGAAUCUCGAAGUUACUUCCAAAAGAUUAAUAAAACAGAACAUAUCAUCAGAGUUUUAUUUGUGAUGACGAUGUCUCGUGGACGAUCGCGAUCAGACUCGCCGACAAAUAUUCAAACAACAAUUAGUGGACCUCUCGUGACGUUAACUGAUAGUUUUGUUUCUAAAAAGUUUGAACGAAGUGUUUUACUAAAAGCUCUCAGUCGGCUAAAAGGUCGUAAACGCAUGUGGUUCGUCUUGGACGAAGGAAAAUGCAGACUUCUUUAUUACAAAAGCGAAUGCGAUGCCCGAUCUAAAGAUCCACUUGGCUCCAUUGACAUCAAAGGGUCAGCAAUUUCUCUAGCUUUAGACGAAGACAACCAGUUUGUACUGCACAGCUCAAAUGGAAGGGAGCAUGCUUUAGUUGCAGAAGAUCACGAGUCUAUGAUGCUAUGGGUACUUGCUUUACAGGCUCGACAAGAUAAGACACCUAAUGAGCCCUCAGUGGAAUCCAAUGCUACUCCAAGACGAAAACAACAGCAAACAAUGAACAAUCAACAACCACACCAUCCAACUAGUGUAAGUUCACUUUUAUCUGAUUGA